AUGGCGACAUCAGAAACAGAACCACGUUGGAGUAUUGAAAUCGUUAAUGAAAAUGAUCUAGUUGAUUUAUUACCUUUAAUGCAUGCUUAUUGUGAAUUUUAUCAUCAAACUGAACAAAUUCCUAUAAUUAGUGAUGAUGCUCUUAUGGGUGUUUCUCGUGCACUUAUAGCUAAUCCAACUCAUGAAGGUAUUCAACUUAUUGUUCGUGAUUUUAAAGAACGAACACCAAUUGGUUUUGCAACUAUAUACUGGUGUUGGUCUACAUUAAUUGGAGGUCGUUCUGCAAUUAUGAAUGAUCUUUUUAUUUGCGAACAAUAUCGUGGUCAAGGUAUUGCUGAUAUUGUUAUUACUGAAUGUGCACGACAAGCACGUGAACAUGGUGCUCUAUCUCUAGCAUGGGAAACUUCAAUAGAUAAUAAACGUGCUCAAACUGUCUAUAAUAGAAGUGGAGCAUCGAAAAGUCAUCGAUGGACUCUUACAAUAUGUUUUAUAUAUGUAUGUUGGAUUUAUUUUGAUCGUCGCACAGAUUUACAAGGAGGUCGAUGGUCUAAUCGAAUUCGUCAAUUGCCUAUUUUUAGACAAUUUGUAAAUUAUUUUCCUCUUAAAUUAAUUAAAAGUGAAGAUCUUGAUUCAAAUCAAAAUUAUAUAUUUGGUUUUCAUCCACAUGGUGCAUUUUCUCUAAGUGCAUUGGGUAAUUUUGGUACAGAUGCUACAAAUUUUUCAAUUCUUUUUCCAAAUAUUCGACCACAUUUAAUGCUUCUUCAUAUUCAAUUUCAAUUUCCAUUUACACGUGAAGUACUUCUUAAUUUAGGUGUAUGUUGUGUAUCAAAAGAUAGUUGUGAAUAUUUAUUAAGUGGAAAAUCUGGUAAAGGUAAUGCACUAGUUAUUAUCAUCGGUGGUGCACGUGAGAUGUAUCUUACAAAAAAUGAUACUAUGAUAUUGUAUUUAAAGACUCGAAAAGGUUUUAUUACAUUAGCAUUAAAACAUGGUGCUUCAUUAGUACCUGUAAUUUCAUUUGGAGAAAAUGAACUCUAUCAACGAUAUACUUGUUUUAAUUUAUUUCCCAAUGGUAUAGUUUGGGGUCGACUCUUCGCUGGACAUAUACCACGUCGAUGUCCUGUAGUUACUGUUGUUGGUAAACCAAUUCAUGUUAAACAAAAUAUUAAUCCAAUAUCUGAAGAAAUCGAUCAACUUCAUAAUCAAUAUAUUCAAGCUGUUGAACAACUUUUUGAAGUGAACAAACAUAAAUAUAGCUUAGGAUAUGUAAAACUAGAAAUUGUUUAG